CAUUUCUUUUCAACUUCCCUGCACAUCACCCCCGCCCAGAUUCAACGUCGGGUCGCUGCAUCAAACCAUCCGCGUGCGCGAAAGGGCCUCGACGUCGCUAAUUGACACCUCCCUUAGAAUCGUACAAACAAUUUACUUUCAGCCGUGUCACCAUCACCUGUGGCGCAAUCUUCGGAUCCCAAGUGCUGACGAGAAAGUCACAACCAACUCCAUCCGCAAUGUCGACACUCGACGUGGAGGCGCUGUUGGAGAACGCCGCGGCGAAUGCGGAUAGCCCCAGGAGCGCGACGGUGCUGGGUGACAACGACACCAAUGGCGACACUCACAAUCGCCGCUCGAAUGGCAGCCGCAGCGAGCGCGGCGACAGGAGCGAGCGUCGUGACGACCACGACCCGUCGCGCGACCGCCGCCGCCGCAGGGACCGGCGCGACGAUCGCGACCGUGACGGUGGACGAAGCGGCAGCUACAGCCCGCACAGCGGCGACAACGACCGCACGUCGCGCAGCGACGCAGGGAGCCAUAGGAGUGGCCGCCGCCGAAGCCACAGCCGGGACCGCGGAGGUCGACGCUCGCGCCGCAACCGAGGUGGUGAUGGCGACUUCUACCGCGGCGGGCGUGGCGGUGGUGGUGGAGAUCGCCGCGACAAGGCCGACCGCUCCCGCUCGAGGUCCCCGAAUCGAUACUACCGACCCCGCGAUGGCCGACGUGACCGCGACGAUGACCACCAUGGUGGUCGAGGUUCCCGGCGUGGUGGCGACUAUGGCAAUGACCGGCGCGGUCGACGUGCAGGUAGCCGCGGCCGAGAUGGAUCACCCGCCCAGCUGACUGAAGAUGAGCGGGACAGGCGCACUGUCUUUGUGCAACAGCUCGCUGCCAGACUCAGGACCAAGGAGCUACACGAGUUCUUCGAGCAGGCCGGCCCCGUCGCCGCUGCUCAGAUCGUCAAGGACCGCGUCAGCAACCGAUCCAAGGGUGUUGGAUACGUUGAAUUCAAGAGCGAGGAGUCUCUUCCUGCUGCGCUCCAACUUACUGGCCAGAAGCUUGCAGGUAUCCCAGUCAUCGUUCAGCCGACAGAGGCGGAGAAGAACAGGCAGGUCCGCACAACGGAAAACAGCAACGCCAACGGGGCCCAACAGAACUCGGUUCUCUUCCACCGCCUCUAUGUCGGCAACAUCCACUUCAGCAUCACUGAACCCGACCUUAGGACGGUCUUCGGGCCAUUCGGAGAACUUCGCUUUGUCCAACUCCAAAAGGAGGACAACGGCCGAAGCCGCGGCUAUGGAUUUGUUGAGUACAAUGAUCCGGCCAAUGCACGUGAGGCUCUGGAAAAGAUGAACGGAUUCGACCUGGCAGGUCGUCCGAUCCGUGUGGGCCUUGGAAACGAUAAGUUCACCCCAGAAUCCACCGCCAACAUCAUGCAGCGGUACCCGGGUACGAACGGAGGAAACCAAGGACAAGGUUACCCGGGUCGUAACGGCCAAGCAAACGGACCCCAGUCCUCCAACUUCGACCGCGCCGGCGGUCGCGAUAAUGACAAGGGCGGUGGCGCCAGUGCCCUGGACGACACAGAUGUCGCGGGUGUGAACUUUAACAGCUACAGCCGCGAUGCACUCAUGCGCAAGCUGGCAAGAACUGACGAGGCUUCGAGCGCCCCGCCGGAGCGACAGCAGAUCCUCAAGCCCAAGACUGAGAUUAAGCCCCUACCGGUCAACGUGAACAUGGCGAGCCGGUGUGUCCUGCUCAAGAACAUGUUCGACCCCGCCGAGGAGUCGGGUGAAGACUGGAUCAAGGAUCUCGAGAACGACGUGCGUGAAGAGGCCGAGAAGAAGUAUGGGCACGUAGUGCACAUAUCCGUUGACCCCAACUCGAACGGAGAUAUCUAUCUCAAAUUCGACAAGGUGCAGGGCGGCGAGAACGCCAUCAAGGGCCUGAACGGCCGCUACUUCGGCGGAAACAUCAUCACAGCUGCACCUGUUGUGGACGCCGUCUACAGCAGCCUGUUUUCCCGCACAAAGGCCAUCUGAGACGAGACUAAUAUCGGCAGUAGCAGGGCAGCUAUAGGGCUUCUGUCCAUGGUAUGCUCUCGCUCGGUCUGGCUAUCCCACAUCGGUUCCUCUUGUUCACACUCGCGUUCAGCAGUACCGGAACCCCGAACCUUGGCCACGAUCCCGCACACGGCAACUCUGUCCAAACUAUCGACCGGGCCUGCACCUCGUCUUGUAAUCUCCCUCUGGAGAGCGACCACUUUUUCUCGAUUUCGACUCAUGAUUUUGCGACCACGACCUCAUUCCCCCCUUUGCCCCCAAUACCCCCAUCAGCAGGACACGUUCCUAGGCUACCUUGUCACAGAUCUCGAUCCCACUCGUACGCGUCGCCUCGCGUCCACUGGAACCCGCCAGAUCUGGCUCCCGACUGCCGCGCCGAAUAAGUCGAACAAUGCCACAUGUCUGGCUCAGUAUCUCAAGCCCCCAGUUGCUGUUCCCUAAUCAGGAUGCUCGAGAUGCCUGGCGGCUGAGACCCCGAACCCGCCGCCGAGGUUCCAAUACUGAUACUUGGCACUUAGGCACAUGAAAUAGUUGCUGUUCCCGUUUGGAAUGGAGGCCUGCUUCGCGUUUUUUUUUUUCUCGCUUGUUUUCUCACCCACCUCCAGUAAUGGGCAGGUGCAUCUGGUAGGCGCUGUGGUUUGCUUGUUACCAUGUUGAGUAUUUUGGUAGAUGUCGAUAGAAACGAACAAAGCUCCUCCGCACAUCCGGUGGCAUAGUAAAACUAGGCAUCUGUUGUGGACUUGGGAAGCCGCAUCGCCAA